AUCGUUUUCCGAAAGCCAAUGGGUGGAAGUUCUUGUGGGUGUGGUCUUUAGAAUAUCCAAUCCACUUGCCUUCUGGCUCGCCUUGAGUGACGCAAUCACGCUUUAAGUGAUGAUACUCUGGACUGAUAGAUGGAGAAAGCAGCUCCCUAAAUUCACUUCUGCAAACUCUCUACAUGACAGAGGAAUUCAGGGAACACUUGGAGAGAGUGGAAAUAAGAGAUGAUGACACUGGAAAUAUCCUCAUUGAAGAGUUGAUAUCAUUGUUCAGUAAACUAGAUACAGAACGAGGUCCGGUCUCAACAUCUGCCAUCAAACAGAUCAUUGAUCGUGAGAUAGAUGGAAAAAUAGAUUUGGAUUACUCACUACGUUGUCUAUAUUGGAUAAUCUUGAAGAAUGAAUUGUCUGAGAUUUUUAAAUAUCAGAUAACUGCUAAAUGUUUGAAAUGCAACAGAACUGAAACAUAUAAAGAAAAAUUGAAUUUCAUCCCACUAGUCCCACAACACUCUCAGGAUUUGGAAGAUUCUUUACAGGAACGUAUUCAUCAAAUUACAGCAGAUUCUGUGGGGCCAUUCUGUGGGGUCAGCUCCUUACAGGAUUACUGUGAUCAUUGUAAAAACAUUACAAACAUGGAAACGACAAACAUGAUCCAGUUUCCUAAAAUACUGAUUCUAUGGUUGGAGAGAUUUGGAAUUGGAAAGGAAAGAAAUGAUGAUGAGGUGAUCAUUCGCCCACAGAUCAAGGCUUCUUCUCAUGAGUAUGAACUCUAUGCCAUAAUAAAUCAUUAUGGGACAAAAGAUUCUGGAUAUUAUAAUGCAGACAUCAAAUGCACAAAUCAACAAUGGCAUCGAUUUGAUGAAAGACACGUGACUGAGAGUCCUCUCGACGUGCUUUCACAAAGAAACGAGGGCUUCAGUCACAGGUCUUCAGCUGCAUUAAUACUCAUGUACAGACGCAUUGAAUAAAGUCUGAACAUCACGUGUAAUGUGAGAAACAUGGACAAAGAGUCCUGAAAGAAAAAAGGAAAUGAUGUCAUCAAUUACUCACCCUCAUGUUGUUCUCAACCUUUAUGACCGUCUUUGAUCUGUGGAACACAAAAUGAGAUGUUUAGC